UUCUGGGCUAUAUCCCUCGUUCUAACUCUGUUCAUGUCGUUCAUAUUGACUUUGUUCCUGUACAAUCGGUUCGCGGAGAUGCCAACGCGCAUCUCCAUCGAGAACCAGUACGCGCCCAUACGCAACGUGUCCUACCCGGCCGUCACUGUGUGCUCGCCCAACCAGGUCACCCUCAGCGCUAUGGAAUAUUUGGAUAGGACCCUCGUAGAAGGUAUAAUGACAGUUGAUAUGGGAGACUUUUUGCCACGACUAUUGGGAUUUUACGAACUCUUCGGCAAUAGUAAUACGGAGGAAUUGAUUGACUUUCAAAACAUGCUAACGCUCAAUAGGUAUCAUGCUCUACAAGUGCUGAGCUUGUUGCCGCAGAGUUGCGACGACUUCCUGAGGUUGUGCUAUCUGAGAGGUCAACGCUAUCCUAACUGCAAAGGUCUGUUCAGGCCGAUACUAACGAAACACGGCAUGUGCUGCAUAUUCAACAGCGUCUAUCAUUUCAAUGAGAAAAGUUUCAGGAACGAGAGGGUACCACAUUUUGCACCACACACUGCAUCUACGGGCGGUAUUAACGACGCGUUGACCGUCGUCACAGAUUAUGAUCCUGAAAAUGCUCUAAGUGGGACACUUCUCAUAGCUGGAUCUAUAAGGACAAUGUUUACGGAAUCUCACGAAUUCCCAGCGGACGACGAGACGAAUCUGUUGCAUGCAUACUCGGAAUCUUUUCACUCCAUUCACGCAACUCAAACUUACUGCUCCGAGGACGUCACUGCCUUGCCUUAUUGGAGUCGUCAAUGUUACUUUGAGGACGAGCAGAUCCUGCCACACUUCGGCGAGUACCACAACUCGGACUGUGACCUGCUGUGCGUGGUGCGCGCCAUCGAGCGCCUCUGCCACUGCACCAUGCCCUACCUGCCCUACGUCAGGCUGUCUCGGGCCUGCAAUGUCACUAACAUCGACUGCAUUGUGCAGGCUAAAAAGGAUUUGUAUAAAUGGCACAACAUUGAAACGUGUCAUUGCUUGCGAGACUGUGUGUCCAUGCGCUACCACGUCGAUGUGACCAUCGGGAACCUUAUGGCGCUUCCACACAUGACACACAAACCUUAUUCAGGUCUACAGUUCAACAAGAGCACGUCCGCUAUGAACUUCUUCUUCCGCAACUCGGUGCACGUGAAGCAGAAGCAGGAGACGGUCACGUCGCUCAUAACUAUAGCAUGUGAGUAGAGAUCAAAAGUGAAUGAAAAAGUGAAUAUUCAUAUAAUGCCAGCCCGUCCAUAA